AUGGCCAUGGCCGACACAAAAUCUGGGAGAUAUGCCAGUGCCGGCAGCAGCAAUAGUGUUGUGCCCCUUGUGCAGGGGCCGGCGAAUCUGGAGUGCAAGGACUUCCAGGAGUAUCUUCGCACUCGCCAGACUGCCGAGACGCUGGAGAAACUAUACAAUUAUCCGCCGAUUUGCCUAGCCGUGUUCCGGGAGCUGCCCGAACUAGCCAGACAGUUCAUUAUACGAAUUUUAUUCGUGGAUCAGCCGGUGCCACAGGCUGUGGUCACCUCCUGGGGGGCCCAGCGAUUUGCCAAGGAGCAAACCGAGGCCACCAGCUGCCUCUCGGAUCUAAAUGUUUGGCGUGUGACGGCCAUACCAGGCGGCCUGUCUGCAUGGGAGCUGUCACCCACAUUCAAGAAAAGCGUUCGCCAGGUUCUUUUGGGCGGCGGCAAGCCGUGGCCGAUGACCAAUACACUGGAGAAAGACUCGAAGCCACGUGACAUAGCCUUCCUGGACUCCUAUGCCAUGUCGCGCUGGCGCUGUGUGCUUCAUUACAUGGUGGGAACGGGAAACCGUAAUGGCACCGAUGCAGAAGCGAUCAGUCCGGAUGCUGUGAGGAUUCUACUCCAUGCAAAUCUCAUGAAGCGCGACGAGCGAGACGGAAUUACAAUCACCCGCCAAGGGUUUCAGUUCCUGCUGCUGGACACACGUGCACAGGUCUGGCAUUUCAUGCUCCAGUAUUUGGAUACAUGCGAAGAGCGGGGAGUAUCUCUUCCGGAGUGUCUUUCCAUGCUGUUCCAGCUCAGUUUCUCCACCCUCGGUCGAGACUACAGCUCAGAGGGCAUGAACAGCCAGAUGUUGUCCUUCCUGCAGCAUUUGCGCGAGUUUGGUUUGGUUUUCCAGCGGAAACGCAAGGAGGGCCGGUUUUAUCCCACUCGUCUUGCCCUAAACGUGACCAGCAAGGAAGCGGCUACCACAAUGACAGUGUCAGACGAGGAGGCCAUGCAGGACAGUGGCUACAUUGUGGUAGAGACAAACUAUCGCGUCUAUGCCUACACGGAUUCUCCUCUUCAAGUGGCGGUCCUGGGCCUGUUUACCGAGUUGCUCUAUCGCUUUCCCAACUUGGUCGUGGGCGUGCUCACCCGCGACUCUGUGCGUCAGGCAUUACGCGGCGGCAUCACCGCAGAACAGAUUGUCUCCUAUCUGCAGCAGUACGCCCACCCCAACAUGAAACUAGUGGAGUCGGCCAUCCAAUCAAAGUCCUGCCUGCCGCCCACCGUUGUGGAUCAAAUCAAGCUCUGGGAGAUGGAGCGCAACCGGUUUACAUACACGGAGGGAGUGGUCUACAAUCAGUUUCUCUCCCAGAACGAUUUCGUCACUCUGCGCGACUAUGCGCAGUCGAUCCAUGUCUUGGUUUGGCAGAAUGAGCGCACUCGCACCAUGGUGGUGCAGAAGCAUGGUCACGACGAUGUCAAGCGCUAUUGGAAGAAGUAUUCGAAGGGUGGCGGUUAGCCGCUCGCAGU